AUGUUUCGUCCGUCCACGAGCAAUAAGGGCCCCACGGCUCCUCAUUUUCCAACCUACCUCCUCCCAAGCCUGAAAGUGCCCUUCUUUCGCCGUCGUCAGAGCUCAAUUACAACUGCGUCUCCGGCCACCGACAGCCCUGCGCCUGUUGCAGCUCAGAAAAAGUCUAAGCAUUCAGCCUCCCGCGAUCCCACGCGCAACCGCCUAGCACGCAGCCUCCCCGACGUCCUCCGCUGCAAUACGUGCGGCACAGACAUCGCCUACGGGCUGCAGAUCGUCUCCAAGGGGUUUACGGGCCGCCAUGGGCGUGCCCUGCUCGUGUCUCCGCCGCCGAGCGCCUCCAGCGCCAACCUCGUGAAUGUCACGGUCGGGCGUCCCGAGCCUCGGAACCUAGUGACGGGGGCACACGUUGUGGCAGACAUCAACUGCUUGACGUGUGGUGUCAAGAUCGGCUGGAAGUACGUGGACGCUAGAGAGCAGGCCCAAAAGUACAAAGUAGGAAAAUUCAUCCUCGAGACAGAGAGGGUAGCUCUCCUGCGCAGCUGGGAGGAUAUCCGGCCCGGCGAGGAAGAGGACCCGCACCGCCACUUCUACAGCUCGUCCGCGCCUGCAGAGAUCGUUUUCGACUCCGACGACGAGGAAGAGUGUGAGGAUAUCUUUGCUGGUGUCUGGGAUGCUGCCACGGUAGCGGAACGUCGAAAUUCCAAAGCUAGCAGUCAAGACAUGAAGAAAGGCCGGAUUACCAACGGAUUUCGCUAGUGGCGUCCCAAUCAGUUUUCGGGUUGAGGGUCGAAUGCUCAUGAUACUGUCCCAGUAGGCAUUGCAUACUCUGUGGCUUUCGUUUUCUUCCCUUCUUUUCGCAACGUUUCUCAUUUACUCUUUUGCUUUCCUUACCACCGCCCCUCUUUCGCCGGGGAGGAGGGGGGGAGGGUAAUAAUUUGAUACCAAGACCAGCAUUUUCUUUUUUCAUGAUAUCUCAUCUUGGGGAGGGGCGCGUAGGGGAAUGAAUGGUAAGGCCACGGCGGGAGUUUUGGAAGGCGUUUCAAUUUGACUUCAGCCCCAUUACGAUACCAGUAUAGCACUAGCUAGAUACAGAUUCUUGAAUGGGUUUAUUGGUGCCAUUGAAC